AAAAUCUUUUUUUUUUAAAAAAACACGUAAUAUUCUUUUUUUUUAAAAAAAAACAUAUCCCUAAAUUCUACAAUCAUGACAAAAAUAUCUGAUUAUUUUUUAAAUACGCCAGCAAAUGAUUAUAAAUUUCUUGGCUACUAUAAUUACCGCAGGCAGCAACCUGAUUUCACGUUUUCAUUCGAAAAAGAAGCUUGCAAUCUCUCUGUCGAACUAGAGAAACUAAUAAAAGGAAAUUACUCACGAGAAAUUAAAACGGCUGCAAACCGAUUGCUGAAUAAUCAUAAGGAUCACCGUAGACGACAUUGUGAUGUCCAGGUGUUUUGGGAUCAAAUAGAAUCAUCUGGAUCAUCCAUUAACACUUCAGAUGCUCAGGAAUCGGAAAAGAUACAGACCAGUAAAGUAUAUACAAAAAAGACAAAUGAUAAUUUGAUAAAGAGCAAAAGAAAACGGCCAACUGAGAGUUUUACUCCCCAUUUACAUCCAGUAAAUAAUGAGAGGAUUACAAAACCUUUCCGUUCAGGAAACUUCAAACCUGAAGUUAACCUAUCUACCAAGGGGAAACUAAAAUUAGAUUUGGAUUAUCCAGGAGGCUCUUUCUCAUCCUUUUCAUCUUUUUCAUCAGAAGAUGAUUGUGUUUUAGAUAAUGAAAUGGUAAAAUUUGUUCGUGAUGGAUUGGAGACUCUAGGAAUGAGGGCUACAAUGACUAGAACUUCAUAUAAUAAUCCUAUAACAAAGGAAAAAGAAUUUUUUGAUAAUUAUGGAGUUGAUAUAUUUGCCUGGUACAAGGAGAUGGAAGUAUUGAUACAAUGUAGGAGUUCUGUUACAACUAAGACUAUUCAAGAAAUGGAAAGUCUCUUAUUAAAUCAAAAUGGUAAAAUAGGUUGUAUAGUAUCUGAUUGUGAAUAUAACAAAGAUAUCAUCAACCUGGUAAACGCUUGUAAACGAAAGAUUAUUUUGACCACCAAAUCAAAAGCUUACUUUGACAUAGAAGAACAUUACAACAUAGUUAAAAUGUCUCGACGGCAAGCCCCUCUUGUACAUCGAAACAUUGUUAUGGAGGAUGUAAAAAUUGAAGUGGUGAAAGGGAGUGAUGAUGAAAUUAAAGUGAUGGAUCAGGGAGUGAUUACAGUUAAAGGAAAAGGGAAUACAAAAAUUUGUAUUAGUUGUAAAAGAGUAGUGCAAUCUUCUCAAUCACAAUAGAACAUCCACGGUACAUUCAAAAACAGUAUAUAUAUCAGUUUGAGUAGACUAUAUUUAUUUAAAUUCUCAAAAUCAUUUUCUUAUACUACACCAUAUACGACAAUCUACUUUUUUUAUAAUAUCAAUAAUAAAUAAUAUAAUAUAAUAUAAUUUUUAAUUUUUAA